UAUUCCCCAGAAGACAGGGGCCGCCAAGAGCGUGGAGAUUUGCCCAAUCCAACAAACAAGGGAGAAAACCAAAUUAGUGUCCUUAAGAAGGUCAUCGCAUGUGAUAGAUUGACCCGACCACUGUCGACUUAUCGGCUUUUUAUUAGGUACACUGGUGACGGACUCCAUGGUUUCCAUCUGUGAGUUCUGCGGUCAUGACCACUGUCCGCUUUCGAACGAUAACCAGUGUAAUGUACACUCCGUAAAGAUCCAUGUCUUCGGUCGGUCCGUCGGUCUAGUAUAUAAUAGCUUACCAAAGUGUGCGUGAAAAGAGGAGUUAUCAGAGGACAUUACUGAACAGGUCCACCCUCCUGGUUUGUUAAAUAGGCACUAAAACUAACGUCCACUCUUGCAGAGCCUCAGCUUCUCAUCCCUCCUCAACAUCAUCGUCUGUCAUCAUCCCUGAAGCUUUUACUUCCAUGGCGUCACCGGUAGAGCAACCCAACUGUGACAUCGGCAACAUUGUCAAGCUCAAGAAAAUGACUUCCGUGUGGCGGAAGUGCAACAGAGCCAGCGGCGGCGGAAGGAAUCCACCCUCCGAUGUCCCUCCAGGCCACCUGGCUGUUCUCGUUGGGAUUUCUCGCCGGAGAAUUGUAAUUAAGGCAGAGCACCUGAACCACCCCAUUUUCCGGCAGCUCCUGGACCAGGCGUAUGAGGAGUACAGCCAUCAGAGGGAUGGGCCAUUAGCUUUGCCAUGCGACGAGUCUCUCUUCCGAGAAGUGGUGGGCUUGAUAGAAUGUGGCGUGAAUGCAGAUCCUUCUUCGUGUCAUGUCCAAGAGUGGAGGGACUUCGCCCCCCUUAUUUGUGGAUCUAUGAGAAGAUCGGCGUGCUAGAGGAAGUGAGCAUAGCCUAGGCAGUGAUGGUGGCUUCAGAAUCUACUUCAUUGCAUUGCAUUGCGCCAUUAGGCUGCGUGCUGCUUCAUCCUUGCAGUUUAUAAGAUUAUAGUUACCAGCAUCACCAGUUUGUCAAACGUGGUAAUUUG